UACAAUUAAAAAGUUGGAUUUUUAUCAACUAUUUUUAAUUCUAAUAAUAUUUUUGAUAAUGUUAUUUUAAGUUUUAACGAAUGUGUUAUCAAUAAAUAAACACCCUAAUAAUACUUAGACUAACGCACUUAAGUUACUAUGUAAAAUUAUAUUAAAUAAAUAACUUUUACAUCUUAGAUCAAUAAUAAUUAUUGGUGCAGGCUAGUAUACCGUUAUCACUUAACAGUAUACCUAUAUUCAUCGCAUGAAAGUUGAUUGUCCUUAGAAGAAAGUUACAUGUUAUAACAAGCAUUAGAUUCUCUACGUUUUACAUAAUGGGUGAUAUUAUAAAAGGAUUUUUAAUAUCUUUAUUGACUGAAAAAUGCUUCAACGAAUACUUUUUAAAGUACAAUUUCCUGGAUGUUCCAUGUUUUAAAAGUAGUCUAAGCAAAGGUCUGGGUAUUGGUAUAAUUGCUGGCUCAAUAUUAGUAAAAGUCCCUCAAAUUCUAAAAAUUCUUAAUAGCAAGAGUGCUAAAGGGAUCAAUAUUUAUGGGGUUUCUCUUGAACUAUUUGCGAUUACUGCCAACUUCACCUACAGCUAUGUAAUGAACUUUCCUUUCAGUGCAUGGGGUGAAGGAACAUUUCUGGCUCUUCAAACAGCUGCAAUUGCAGCUCUUGUACUUCAUUAUAGUGGGUCUCCAAUGCAAGCUGCAUUAUUCUUGUCUGUUUAUCCUGCUGUUGUCUCAGCAUUAGUCAGUGGUUAUACUCCUGUUGAUGUGCUAUGGACAAUGCAAGCUGUUAAUGUUCCUAUUAUAUUAGUUGCUAAGGCAAUUCAAGUUAUAACUAACUACAAGAAUGGCAGUACUGGACAAUUAUCAGCGGUGACAUGUUUUCUUCUAUUAGCGGGCAGUAUUGCAAGAAUAUUUACAUCCAUCCAGGAAACAGGAGACCUAAUAAUUAUAGUCACAUAUUGUGUAUCAACUAUAGCCAAUGGUGCUAUUGUCUUCCAACUAUUUUGGUAUUGGAAUGUUGACACAAGUGUAUCCACCAAAAACAAGAACAAAAAGAAGAAACGCACAUAGAUGCUGUUUUUAAGAUCAAUUAAAAAGUAUAUCUUA